CCCCUGGCACUUCCGAAGACUCCCAGUCCUUUCUCUGCAGCCGGUACUUGAAGACUCCAAGCUUUCCCCUCGGAGGAAAAAAACCCGAAUAUCUAAAUCAGCUGUACUCUACGGUCUUCCCUCGUUUCUCCCUCCGCCAGGCACCACCCCCACCCCUUCCAUUGUGUAGUGCGUCUAGCUCGGCUUCCUGCGUGAGACCUUAACCUCACUUGGAGCAGGAGGGAUUACUGAGAAUUUCGGAACCUUGAGUUGCCAUGGAGCUGUACGGAAAGAUGGCCUCUGCCCAAGAUGCCAGGUAUGGCCAGAAAGACUCCUCUGAUCAGAACUUUGACUACAUGUUCAAACUGCUCAUCAUUGGCAAUAGCAGCGUGGGGAAGACAUCUUUUCUCUUCCGUUACGCGGAUGACUCCUUUACAUCUGCGUUCGUCAGCACAGUUGGGAUCGAUUUCAAAGUCAAAACUGUAUUCAAAAAUGAAAAGAGAAUUAAGCUUCAGAUUUGGGACACAGCAGGCCAGGAAAGAUACAGGACUAUCACCACAGCCUAUUAUCGCGGGGCCAUGGGCUUUAUUUUAAUGUAUGACAUCACAAAUGAAGAAUCCUUCAAUGCAGUACAGGACUGGUCAACUCAAAUCAAAACAUACUCAUGGGAUAAUGCCCAGGUUAUCCUGGUUGGGAACAAAUGUGACAUGGAAGAUGAGCGAGUCAUCUCAACCGAGAGGGGCCAACAUUUAGGAGAACAGCUUGGAUUUGAAUUUUUUGAAACAAGUGCCAAGGAUAACAUUAACGUCAAGCAGACAUUUGAGCGCCUUGUGGAUAUCAUCUGUGACAAGAUGUCUGAGAGCCUGGAGACAGAUCCAGCCAUCACUGCCGCAAAGCAGAACACAAGACUCAAGGAAACCCCUCCUCCACCACAGCCCAACUGCGGCUGUUAGUGUCCCCCAUACAGGCAGCUCCAGAGGGGUUGGUUGCUAAAAACAGCAUUUAUAAAUGAUUGAUUAGCCUUCAUUUAUACUGCCUAAUAACUAUUUGAGGGAAAUCUUUGAUGUCAGUGGCUCGAACAUGCAUUCAAUUCUGGGGAGAUUCCCUGUGUUAAUAUGUGGCAAAUAUGUGAUCUUAACUUUGUAAGGACUAUCCAUCUAUAAACAUCUGGUAUUUGCA